GAAAGGAGUUUGUUUAUCACCCAGUCAUCAGAGGAAAAUGGAAGCCAGUCCGGGAAAUCCCGGCAAAAGCAGAUUCACAGUCCUCCUGUAUGUCUCACUGCUGCUCCUGAGGGAUCCAGGGCGAUCCUGCCCCUGGGAAACCCAUACACUGCGCUAUCAACUCACAGUCUUGUCUCCAGAAGAUGAUUGGCAGCUCCCAUUCCCAAUCCUGAUAUACAUUGACGAUGAUCUCUUCCUGCGCUACAAUGGGGACAGCAGGAGAGCAGAGGCCUGGGGGCCCAGGCUCAAGGGACAUGCAGGAGCUGAAACCUGGACAAGAGAGACUGAGGACUUUCGGAAGAAGGAGGAGCAACUCAGGAGGAUGCUGGCUGAAGUCAUAAACCAGCAGGGCCGGAACAAGGGCCUUCACAUCCUCCAGGAAACCUUGGGCUGUGAGCUUCGGGAAAAUCGGAGCACUGGAGGCUUCUGGCGCUUUGGCUACAAUGGACAGGACUUCCUCACCUUUGACCAGAAGACUCUCACGUGGACAAUGGCUAUGCCCUUCACUCAGCAGACCAAGACCUUCUGGGAGAAACAUGCGCCCAGAGCUGAUGAAGUUAAAACUUUCUUGGAGGACAUAUGUCCUACUCAGCUCCAGGGAUACCUGGCUUCCAUGAGGAACUGUCGGAUGGAUAAAGGCACCCCAACGGUGAAGGUGACCAAUAGGACAUAUCCAGUGGGCAGGAUCACCUUGACAUGCCGGGCUUUUAAUCUGUAUCCUCCUGUGACCACCCUGACCUGGCUUCAGGAUGAGAAGCCAGUACAGCAGCGGAUCUUUGAGCCUAGGACCAUCCUGCCCAGUGGGGACGGGACCUACCAGACCUGGGCAUCUGUUUGGAUUCUUCCUGGACAGGAAUCAGAGUUCACCUGCUACCUGAGGCAGUAUAAUAUCAAGGUCCCUGCUGUCCCUAGUGAGAAAAUGGGACAACUAUCCACCUCAGAGGGUAGGAGGCAGGGUCAGGAAGGAUCCAUAGGUCACACAAUGACCAGUGAUACUGCUAGCUCCCCUCCUGCCUCAACUCUAUCUGCACUCACCAUUGUGUUGGUGGUGGUGGUUCUGGCUAAAGACAACUGAAGCUAGAACACCAAGGACAGAAAACUGCCAGAGAGAGAGCCCUGUCUGACAGAAAAUACAGCUCGCUUGAUUUGACCAAAGAAUUUGGCUAAUUGUCUCUACUCUUGUUCAGCGGGAUAAACUAUUGGAGGCCCCAGUGAGAUCAAGACCCCCAACCCAUAUUCUGAAGCCAGACCUUCAACUCCAGGACUCCAGACCCAAAUCCUGCCUUGGAAGGUGCACACCUUGAAGAUCUUACAAGACUCCAAUGCAUACUUUAGGUUUGGUAGAUGUUGUAGUGGGCGGUAGCACUAAUAAGAAACCAGGAAGCCCCUGUCUGAGGAGUGCUCCAUUGGUGAGUCAUAGAAGGCAGCUCCUUCUAUGGCAGCGUUUCUCAAUCUGUGGGUCUCGAUCACUGGAGAACACAUAUUUCCUAUAAUCUUAGGAACUGACAGCCCACUUGGUAGCAAAAUUAUAGUUAUGAAGCAGCUAUGAAAAUAAAUUUAUGGUUAGGAGUUCCUAAGACCCUCCCUCAUAAAUCGAUGCUUCCUGAUGGUCAUGAACCACGGUUGAAAACCCCUGUUCUAUGGCAUAGUUGUACUGUUUCUAAUGGAUCCUGUCUAAGGACAGAGAGGUCCCUGGUGAGGUAUAAGAACUCCUGUCCCGAGCAAUAGCAAGGCAUUUCGGGGUCUUAGUGUAUUAUUCUUGGUCCCCUGUGCUUUGUUCUGUAUGUUGUUUCUCUCCUGCCCAGGGCACUAGUGAAAAGUCACUCUGCCCGCCUAGUUCUGGCCUCUGGGGACCAAGAAGGAUAUCUGAAAGUCAAGUUAAAUGUAUGAAUGUAGGUGGGCAUCACAUGCUUUGUUUUUGACCAGUCUCUUUGGGCUACAUGAACAUUCUCUGUGCUAUGUUUAAUGGUUAUGAUUUUUGCUGACUCUGUCCCUUGAACAUUUUGUGUUCUAUGGUUUCAUUUUUGCCCUGUCUGUCUCUUUAACUCUUCUGCCCUGCUUUGCCCCCCUCCACCUGCCAAAACAGCAGCCACUGAAGCCCAGAGAAAACUUUGUUUUCCCUUCCUGAGUAGGCUGAUAGGUGCAGGCUUUGGACGCACAUGCAUAGCCAGAGCAGGCAGAUGGACAGCAAGGACUUGAAGGGGAAGGUGGGAAGCUGGAUGAACAGGCAGUGGGAGCCAGGAUCUGGGAUCUGCCCCAGCACUUGUGUUACCCCACAAACUCCCCAAGGGUGAAUCCCAGUGGAUCCUUCCUGCCUCCUCACCCCAGGAAAAUCACAGCUUACAAAGUGAGGAGGGAGAAGUACACCCAGCAGGAGAAGAUGGGGCAGUGAUCACUUUGGUUGUUUGCCAUGACUGCUUUUUCUGUCCUUGAGUUUCUCUGGUCCCUCCUACUGGUUACUGAAUUGAAUUUAGCAGGGAUUCAGGGGGUUUUUUUAGAUACAGACUCUAUUGAAAUAUCAUUUUACACUGCUCUGCUUGAUGGAAAAGCUGGCUGUGGAGUUGGGCCAUCGCUCCUGCUUCUCUAGACCCAAGCACAUUUAUUUAAAAUUUUUCUGUCUGCUCUAUGAACCUUCUAUGAGACACCUGAUUUUAUGAUAAAAAUAGAACAAAGCAAAACAGCCAAAAAAAAAAGCAGGGCAGUGGUGGCUAGCAUCUUCAAUUCCAGCUCUCAGAAAGUAGAGACAGGUAGAUCUCUGAGUUAAAAGCCAGCCUGGUCUACAGACAGAGUCUAGGGUGCCAAAAAAAAAAAAGAGAACAAAAAUAAAAAGAAAUUCAGAGGGAAAUGAGGAUUUCAAAAAUGAUGUCCCACAGGUAACUCUAGAGCAAA